AUGUGCACCAAUAUAGUUUACGAGUGGCUGCGAGCGCUGCAGCUCCCGCAGUACGCCGAGUCCUUCGUGGAUAACGGCUACGAUGACCUGGAGGUGUGUAAGCAGAUCGGGGACCCGGACCUGGACGCCAUCGGGGUGCUGGCGCCCGCGCACCGCCGCCGCAUCCUGGAGGCUGUGCACCGGCUGCGGGAACAGGACGCGGCGGCAGCUGGCCUCUACUUCACCCUGGAGCCGCAGCCCCAGCCCGCGUCCCCCGUGGACGCGGUGCCUCCGGGGCGCCGAGGGGAGUCGUGUGGUGGCUCGGUCCAGGGGACCCGAGGGGACCUCCGCGCCCAGUCGACCGCCCCCCGCGGCAGGGAGCUGGUGAGCUACCCCAAGCUGAAGCUGAAGAUCAUGAUCCGGGAUAAGCUGGUCCGCGAUGGCAUCCACCUGAGCAAGCCCCCGUACUCCCGCAAGGUCCGCAUGGCCGCCAUCCUAGAGUACUUAAUGAAUUGGCCGAAGUCAUCACAGAACCGCUAGAUAUCAUUUUUGAGCACCCGUGGAGGACUGAUGAGGUGCCUGAAGACUGAAAAAGGGCAUAUUUAGAACCUUCUUUCAAAAAGGGAAAUGGAUGGUGACCCUGGAAAAUAUUCAUCAGCUUAACUUUUGUCUUGGAAAAGUUCUGGAAUAAUCAACUUAGUAAACUGGGUAACCGAUGUGCAGUAACUAGAAGAAAAAAGGCAGUGAAAUAUUACGUCUGAAGAUGUGCUGAGGUCGUUUUUAAAGACAUGUCACUGAGAGACAGUCUCAUACAUAUUUUGGGAUUCUUCCAUUCAUUCUAUGAACUGAUGAAAAUAGAUGAAGCUGGCUAAGGCAUUUUGGAAUUGCUAAUUUUAAGUACGCUCCAAAAACUUAAAAAAAAAAAAGGUUUCUAACAUUAACUAGUACUAAUGUCAUUUCCAGAUUAACUUUUAACAUGAAGACAAUAAUUUUCAUUUUGUGUUUUUUUUUUUAGCAUACAUGUUAUUUCACUUCUUAUGGGAACAUGUUCUUGUAAAUUGAGAUCCUUUCUGUAAUUAUGUGUGAUUGGGUUCUUACUUUAAGGUGCUUUAUAUAGGUAUUUCCCAUGUAGGUGCAAUCAUUCAACUGAUAAAAACAUCAUCAAGGAAAGAACUUUUCUAACUUUGUAGAGUUUAUCUGGCUUGGGUUUAGGAACAGCACUCUUAAGAGUGUUGUGCUGUGAUAGAUGCUGAGGAUGAGUCAUUCAGAUGCUCCAGCAGGUCCUCUCCUCCGCUCCCCCCUCCCCGAGAGAGUUGCAGCACCAGGGUCCCGCCUCAUUUGCCACAGUGCCUUAGCCCAUCUCACCUCAGCUGGCUGCCGAUACCAAUUCUGUGCUCGUGCAGGAAGAUGGAAAGGGUGUUGGACAAGGGGAGCCCGAGCCUCUUGCAGCCAGUUAAGAAGAGUGGAUUGCUGAGGGAGAGAAAUUAAGGUGAAUCUGGAAGAUUUCUGAAUCUUAGUGUCCUUGCCUUUGUCUGUUAAUAGUGUUAUUUUCUGCCUAAAAA